AUGCACUUACCCUGGGAAAUUCUGACCUCCAGUGGUUAUUCUGCGCUUUUUAGGCUUCAAGAUUCGACACAGAACGACAAUUCGUAUUCACCAACGUGCCCAGCAGAUAUGCCACUGACGUGUUCUAACCACACUGCUAUUGAAGAUACUUGUUGCUUUGAACAUCCGGGAGGAAUUUUGCUACAGACUCAGUUUUGGGACUAUGUACCACCGAGAGGUGGCCAAUAUCCCCAAUGGAACGAUGAUUUGGAGAAGCAUUUGGGCCCUAACGAAUCAUUUACGAACCAUGGUCUCUGGCCUGACAAUUGUGAUGCAACAUAUGAGCAGUUUUGUGACCGCAGUUCAAUGAUUGACGACGUACACAACCUGUUGAACUCAGAAGAUUUCAAUUCCGGAAGUUUGCAGGUUUCUGGUAAAGAUCUUCUGAGAAAAAUGGAGAAAUAUUGGAAAAGUAAUACUGGAGAUGAUGAGGCGUUGUGGAUUCACGAGUUCAACAAGCACGGCACGUGCAUCAAGACAAUUAAACCGAAGUGCUACGAACGUUGGAACGAUAAACCAACGAAGAGCGAUGUUUCUUAUUCAAAGCGAGGGGUUUACGACUACUUUCGUAUUGCAAUGAGUCUUUUUGAGAAAAAGGACACUUUUCAAGCUCUGAAAGAUUAUGGUAUUGAACCUUCUGUCGACCGUACCUACAGCCGAGAUGAGAUCUCCAAAGCGCUCUCUGAAUUUCAUGGGAAGCACGUUCUCUUCAAAUGUGAUCGGAAUCGCGCACUCAAUGAAGUCUGGUAUUACAAUUUGCUACGGGGGAGCCUUUUGGGUGAGGAAUUUGAAGCUAUCGAUGCCGUUAGGGCGUUCAGCAACUGCCCAGAAACGGGUGUCCAUUUCUAUCCAAAGGGUUUCAAUCCCCACAAGGGCGCUCCUCCCGACAAGGAUAAAAAUAGCAUCAUAGGUACCGUUCACAUUGGUGGUAGACCAGGGUUCAUAAUAAGGAAUGGCCGUUGGAUGACCGUGGGUACACCAGCAACAUUUCGACUCAUUCCAGCGCCUUUUGGAAACUAUUAUCUAAGGUCCCGAAGCGGUUUCUGUGGGCCAGAGGAACAAUCUGGGAAAUUGGUUUGCAAUAAAGGUGCAUCCACAGCGCCUCAAUUUGAAUAUGACGCAAAGAAGGGUGUUCUUGGAUAUUCUGGCCAGUCCGACUGGCAUGCAUCAGAAAUGCCUCAUGGUCGCCAACAGACCUUAGUUUAUCUAGGAAAAUCUUCGAGUCCCGCUGAUAUCGACCUCAAACUUAAGUUUGUCCCGAAACACCGCUAA